AACAACGCAUACAAGCACGGACACGUUACUUCCCACAAUCCAUCAUCUGCCACAGCAACUCCAUAGUUAUUAUCCCAACGUCAAAGCAAACACUGCAGAGGUAUAAAACCUCCCCGGGGUGAGUUCUGCUUGGUUUGGAGGCUACGAGACCUAUAAAGGAUGAAGAUUUCUCUUCUUGUCGUGCUCGUCGUAGCCCUGUGCACAGAUUUUGCUUUCUCCUUGAAAUGCUUCACCUGCAAAGAUGCAACUUCCAACAUCCAGUGCUUCAGUAUGACCACAUGUGCUGACCAUGAGAAGUUCUGUCUCACAAGCUAUUCCACCACAGGAUAUGGCAAAGACCUCAAACACGUCAUUAACAAGAAAUGCUCUACGUAUUGCCCAGAAGUUAACCUGAACAUUGGCAUAGCUUCAAUUGCCACCAGCUGCUGUGAUAGCCACUUGUGCAACAUCAGUGGUGCCAGCAGUGUGAAAACCAGUUACACCAUGAUAGCUCUGGCUGUCUUGGCCAGUCUCACCUGCAUCUUCCGAAUGGGUUUCUAAAGAGUGUCAGGCAGGAAGGAAGGAGCUGCCUGACUUUGCAUUGCAAGGGAUCAAACUCUCCUCUGCACAGGCUGACUGCCACCCUGUUUCUCCUGCCUUGGCAGGUCACCUCCCAUCAGCAAAUAUUUUUGCUCUGUCCAUGCUGAAGAGCACAGGCCUACCUCAAGAGGGUUUUUGGAAGAGAAAGGUAUGAAAGUCAUAUUAAAACUGGCCUAAAUAACUCCAUGCACUUUUGUCCCCCUUAAUAUAAUCACUGUAAUCUUCCUCUUCAUA